AGUUUUUGCAUCGUCUGUCAAAGUGUCAGAGUUAGAAUUUUUAAAUUUUAGCUGAAUCUGAAAACCCGAUUUUGAUCUAAGCCGUGAAACACAGUGGGAGAAGUCGUCCUGGCGCACAGACUGCUGGGUAAUAUGGCAACGCCAGAGCUACGUUGAUUGGCGCGUGGAGGGAAAAAGUCAAAAUAAAAGGUUUUAACGAGAAAUUGUGGAUUAACUGAAGAAACCGGAGCGACUCAAGGUAAAAAAAAAAUCACAUUUUGUCUAAAUAAUUUUGUUUGUAGCUGGUGUUAGCACAGAGUAACGCCAAAUGAAGUUCAAUUGUCGUGAUAUCGUUCAUAGCUUUUUCCUGUAACUACCAAAGUGAUUAAAACGUGAUUAAUUCUGAUAGUUCGUAGGAGAAUCACUCUUAAACUAUGUUUAUAAAAUGUUAUUAUUUUGAUUCUGAUCCAUAGGAAAUAGUGGCGACGUCCCAAGUACUGUUAAAGGAUCAGUUCACCUAAUAUUCCACCGAGUUCAUGUUUUUAUAUAGUCCAACGUGUAGAAUAGAACAGCAUGAAAAACAGAUAUAGUGUUUUUCUGAACUGAAUAAAUCUGAAUUUAUUUUGAAAAUUGUAACUGAUAUAACUUUAAAAACUUGAAAUUCUAGCGACAUUAAUGACAAACAGUAUGGAGGUGAUUACAGUGAGAUAUUUGACAGGUAUUUGGUAAGUAAGAAGAAAGUGCAGUUUAAGGAUGUGAACAACGUUGACAAGAACCAAACAGCAAUGGUUACAGUCAGAGCAUCUCCAAAUCUGCAGAUCAUGUGGGCUGCAGGGAUAUCAUUGGGAAUUCUGGGUCCCAUGGAAGUAUAUCUUCUUUGGCUGCAUCAACACAGCCUAUGCAAGCCCUGUACAACAAUAAAAACCACAUCUCUAUGCAAACAACCUUAUCAUACAGAGACUUGAACUUAUUUCUAGAAGUUACAGGAUUAUUGACUGGGUUUAUGGAUGUGCAAGGCAGAGGAGAAAGCACCAGAGUGAGGCUCAAAUCAGGCUUAGAAAACAUGAAGUUUGACAAGUACCUUAUCUGACUCUACUUUUCUCUGGAAGUGACUGUUCAAACCCUCUCAUAUGUGUGUCCGUCUACAUGCAGCAUGUCUGUCUCUCUGGCAGCAGAGAGAGACAGGCUCCAGCGACAGGUGGAGGAGCUAGAACAGAGUCUGUCUGCAACAAACGCUGAACUGGAGCUGCUGAGCAGUGACACAGGUACCUGUCUGCCUGUCUGUGUCUGUGUCUCCCUGUACGCCUGUUUGACUCUGUUAUAGUAUUUUUAUCCUCUUUUUUCAGAUGAAGAAUCAGUUGAUGAUGGCGACACAAAUGAAGAGGUACUAAACACACCCACAGGCAUUUGUUAGCAUGGUUACAUGUGGGGAAAAAACUGCAGCUUAACAGUAAAUCUUAGACAGCAGGGUGCUGAGACCAUCAGAAACAGUUGCAUUGAUACACUGUUGAUGAAUAUAUUGAAAAGCUCUCACUUGCAAUAGAUCCUGUGAUAUUUUAACAAACUAAAAUAAGAGUAAUAAAAAAGUCAAUCACAAAUACAGUGAUAUCCAGCAGGUAUUUGAAACCUCUAUAUGUAUUCUCAGUCUACAGCUGGUCUGCUGGCUCAAAGAGACAAGAUCCAGAAGGAAAUCCAGAAUCUGGAGAGCUUCCUUGGUCCACAUAGUCCUGUUUGUGUGUCAGGUAACUGUCUUAUUUUCUGUAUGUGUCUCCUUAUGAGGAGUUGACUUUUAUACUAACAGAAGGUGUAUUUAUGUCUGAUGUUUCUCUGCAGAUGAUGACAACAGCAGCAGCAGCAGCAGUGAUGAGGUCAGUAUCUUUACAAACAUCUUGAAUCAGUGACUGAUGAGUGAUGUUGAUCUGACUGUUUUCUGUUUCUGUCCGUGUUCAGAGUGAGCUGGGUCUGGCUCCCACAGCGGACUCCUGUCUUCAGUUGAACCUUGUCUACCAGCAGGUUAUUCAGGAGACUCUGGACCGGCUGGAGACACUGUUGACACAAAAUAAAAGACAGCAGGUCAGCGUACACCUUAGCCUGCAUGAAUGAUUGAGCUAUUGUACAUCACCAUUGGUUUGCCAACUGCCUUGUUGGUGAUGGUCAACGUGAUUGUGGAGUCAGGUUAACAUAUCUGGAUGGGGGGACUUGAUCGAGAGCAGUGAGUGAUUGGCAAACACCAGGUUGUCCAAAUCAGGUGCCCAAACACCUCAUCUGGCUCUUGUCAAGUGAGAUAACAUUGAAGCUCUUUCUGGAUGUCUGAGAUCCUCACUCUGCCUGAGUACCCAAACUACAGAACUUGAAAUAAGCUUUCAUCCACAAAGAAUGUAUUUAUUUGAACAUCCUAUUAUGUUUUGUAAAGUUAAGCAUUUUAAUGGUUGUUGAUGGGGAUUGGCUCAGUUUGGAGCCAGUCUCUAGUGGCCACUCUUAGAACUGCAGUUUUUGGCACUCCAUCAAUGGUUUCAUUUUACAGCCUUUGAAGUUGCUGCUUUGAGUAGGCACAGUACCAGACAUUAGAUGAGUACAGAUUAUAUUUUUUCUACCUGUAGAGGGAGGUAGUUGCUCAGCUGUCUGGACCAAACAAAGAGGCUCUCAGGGAACAAAACUCCCCCUCCUCGUCCUCCUCCUCCUUGGACCAGCACCAUCGAAUGUUCCUGGGCCGAUUCUUCAAACCAUACUUCAAGGACAAACUGACAGGACUGGUAAGAUAGACAGACAGUUGGGUUGACCGUCUUUUCUUCCUGUUUGCAGCUAAUUGAUAAGACUCUGUUUUCAUCCAUCUCCAGGGUCCGCCAGCCAAUCGAGAGACGAAAGAGAAAGCCAGCAGGAUGAUAGGCUGCCUGGAUGAAAGGAACCUGAAACUAAAACGAUGUAAGAAUAAAACAGUUUUAGGACAAAGUCAGUCAGUUAGUCAGUUUCCUAACAGCUCCACAUGAGUGUUUUAUUUUCUAUUAGAUUGAUUAGGCUCUGUUGAAUGGUCUUGAUCAGGGGUCUCAAGCUCGCGGCCCGCGGGCCAACUGCGGCCCUCGGGACUUUAGUUUGUGGCCCCCGCCUUAAUACGAAAGUUUAACAUUAGUGCGGCCCGCGAGUUUGAUAUGAUUGACACUUUUCAGUGUUGUGUGAGGAGCUGAACGAACCUACCAAUCACGGUGGGGUAUAUGGCUCUCGGGGGCGGGACAUCUGCCGGGCUUAUUGCAAACUCGCGACAUUGUGACCUGAUGCGGAAGCGCCACGGAACGACGAUCACUUCCUUUCGGCGUCUGUUCUAUUUUUGCGCGGGUCACGAGCCGCGAGCCUUCUUGUCGAUCGUUGCAUGAAGUCACACAUGAAAUAACGAGAGAAUCCGGUGUUGUGCGAAAAGGGGAUUGUCUGUCAGAAACUGAGUUCCGGUCGCAGUCAUGACACAUACCAACCACAGAGACAUGUAUCACGUAUUUACAUUACCCGAUUUCGCUACUAACUUGGCUUCUUUUGGCCAGUUGUAAUAAUAACGUAACGACAAACGUUAAACUUUCAAAUACUAGUAGUUAUAAUGCUAUAACUACAGUAUAAUACAGCUGUGUGUCCCUGCAUAUUAUGACCGUUUAUUCCAGAGAAAUUGACGUUUUUGCGCUCCCGCGACCGGAAAUAUGUUUCUGGCAGACAAUCAUUUUUGGCACACACCUGUUACACCGGUCAAUUUUCAUUAUUUCAGUAUCUGCAUAUUUGUGUGCAUUUUAUAUUUGUCAUUUUAUGCACAGACGGUGAAAACAUACGGCAUCAGUAUAUCUACACAAGUCCUAGUCUACAGCGCCGGUCUGUCUCUCUCUGUGUGUGUAUAGCCCUGUAGCCGACUUUAAUUCUUGGAUAAAGUGUACAAAACGUGUUUAGUACAGCCAGGAAAACAUAGCAGCAUAUCCAUGAUUGUUCUGGAACAACAGCUCGAGGAGCAAGGGCACUUUAAUGGGAUGCUGCGCGUGUGUAAUGUCGCGGCCGCUCCCGCUUCACACGCUUCGCGCUCAGUCGGAACCCGAAAGUUGCUACUCAGCGGAACAGAAAAAAAGCGGAAAUGACGCAUCGGUUAAACACCGAAACUGAAACUUUGACGCGACAGUGACAUCAAGUGGAAUCAAUUAUAUUACAAAAGCCCCAAACAUGUCUUUUUCAGGCAGAAGAAGCCAUGUUCAUAACAGUUUAUGUUCAAUGUUUCAUUCAUGUUCAGAAAGUUAAAGGUUUAAGAGCUGUUAAUACAGACAUUUGAAUCUGAAUAAUAAUUACAUUUCUCUAGUCAGCAACUAUAUGUGGUUUAUUCAGUCUUCUAUAUCUGCUGAAUUAUUAUUGUUAUUAUUAUUAUUGUUAUUAUCAUUUUAUUUAUAACUGAUUUAUUUUUUUCUUAUGAGUUGUUAAUUUAUUUAAAUUUUCUAAGACAAAAAAGGAUGAAUAAAUGAAUAAACAAAGACAUUUGAUAACACUGGAAUGUUUUUGUAAGAGCUUUUCUUGUGAAAAACCUGGUGCGGCCCAGCCUCACCCAGAAUCUACGUCCAGUGGCCCCCGGGUAAAUUGAGUUUGAGACCCCUGGUCUUGAUGGUGUUUUGUUAAUUUAAGAAUUUGUAAAACACACAUAAAUACUCUGCCACACUUAGACACUGAGAAAUAUCCAGUGUAUUAUUUUGUUUCUUCUGAAAACACAUGACUACUAUUACUAAAUGACAAUAAUAUCACUUUAUCUGACUUCAUGACGUCUUUGUUUGUGUUUUUCUCUGUCUGUCUCUGUAGGGGAAAGCUGGCAGAAAACUCUACUGAUUCACGCUAUUGCCAGAGACACCCUAAGGAGACUCGUCCAACCCAAACUCUCCAAGUAAAACCCGCUUGAUGAUUUUUAGUCCUACUAGUUGUUAGAUCAGUCACAGUAGCAGCAGUAGUUGAUGGUUUAUGGCUGCAGGAGUUCAGUGUGGGAGACACUUAAUGUAUUAUUCAUAAAUCAUUGGGGUCAAUUCCAAUUGAAACUGCAUGUGUAUUGCAACUGCUUACUACAGUAUGGAUGACAGAGCCGAUUGUAAUGUUUACAAGGAGUUGCAUCUAUCUAGAAUGUAAACAAAGCCACAUUUUUAAGAGGCUUCACAAUUCUGACAUUGUUGAGUCUGUUGUGAUAAUCCGUAUUUCUGUCUCUCUCUCUUCCAGGAUGGACUUCCUCAGUAAGAAGAUGGCAUCAGCAGCAGAGGCGGACAAGCAGCUGUUCAAACAGCAGAUGGAAGACUUGGAGAAAGAAAUCAACAUGCUCAAGUACAUUUUUGUCAUGUAGUGCAUCAGCGGCUGCAUGAACAGAUAAAAAGUUGUAAAUCUCUCAAGUUUCUGUUGAAUAGUAAUAAGAUUAAUGAUAAUAACAAUGCUCCAGUUUUGUUUUAGGAGGAGAUGGUAUUGUGUUUUCUGUAUGUUUACUGCCUGAGUGUCUGAUAUGUUAGCUUUUGUCUCUGAUUGAUCAGGAACAAGAAGAAGGAGGAGCUGAUUGGUGACAGAUUUGAUGAACAUGACUGGCAGAAAAUCUGUAAUGUUGAUGUAAGUGAAUGUAUUGAUCGUGUCAGAAUUCAAAGGUUUUAAAAAAAACUCAAAACUUUCUAAAAUACCACGAUCAUUUCGUCCUCUCAGUUUGAAGGAACGAGGGAUGCGGAGGACAUUCAAAGGUUUUGGCAGAACUUCCUCCACCCGUCCGUUAAUAAGUCUACGUGGACUCAGGAGGAGGUGAACCUGCUGAAGGGGAUCAGUGAGAGACACAAGGAGAGAAACUGGGAGACCAUUGCUGAAGAGCUGGGGGUGAGGAGGGGGUGUAAGAGCCUUACACCUCCUUUAUGCUUUUUUUUUCCUGUCAGUCAUUCAGCAGUUUGUCACUCAGACAGGAAGAAAAGCCUCUCCAUGACUUUGAUGCUUUUCUGUCUCUCUGCUAUCAUUCUUUCUCUCUCUUUAUCUCUCAGACGGGGAGGACGGCCUUCCUGUGUCUUCAGACUUUCCAGCGUUUCAUCUCCAAGUCUUUAAAACGCAGCAAUUGGACUCCUGAAGAGGACGCUCUGCUGAAAGAGCUGGUGGAAAAGAUGAGGAUCGGAAACUUCAUCCCUUAUACUCAGAGUAAUGAUAUCAUACAGUGACAUUACUUCUUUAAUUAUCCUGUGUAAAAGACUGAUGUUAGGGUUAGGGUUUUACCAGCUGACUGCACAACAACUUAAACCUAUCUCUCUCUCUCUCUCAGUGAGUUACUUUAUUGAGGGUCAUGACCCCUCUCAGCUGAUCUACAGGUGGACCCAGGUGUUGGACCCGAGCCUGAAGAAAGGACCGUGGACCAAAGAGGAGGAUGAGGUGGGGGAGGGGGUUAAGACAGCAAACACACAGCAUCCUGUAGAGAAAUACAGAUAAAAGAACUUCGAUUUUGAAAAAGCACAGAAAAUUCUUGUAUUUUAUAUUACAGAAAUCAGCGAUACAGACUGUAAAACCUGCUUUGUCUGACUGUGAGAUGUGAUUUUUUGAUACUCUAUUAACGGGCCUGCUUUUCUACCUUUUAGCUGCUGUUAAAAGCUGUGUCUUAUUAUGGAGAGAAGGACUGGUGGAAGAUCAGGUUGGAGGUUCCUGGACGCACUGACGGUGCCUGCAGAGACAGGUGAGAGCCACUCGUGUGUCUUCAAAUCAGCUUCAUUUGGCUGCGAGCUCGGUGUUGAAUUUGAAAUAAGUCUGGAAAGCUCAAGGUACCUGAAAUCCUGAUGAAACGCUUUUUAGAAGCAAAGUGAACAGAACACUUCCUCAUCAGUCAGACCCCCCAGACGUUAAUGGGGAUUUGUUGUCCCUUUCCAAACUGUUUUUGUCAGAUUUGAGUAUGUGCACACUCCUGGGUAACUAAACCAAAAUUGAAGAGUUUUGUGUGUUUUGACGGUUGUGUGCACACAGGUAUCUUGAUUGUCUGAAGGCAGACAUAAGAAGAGGAGCUUUUGACAGAGAGGAAGUACUGCUGCUGAAGCAACUGGUGGAAAAACAUGGAGUUGGUGAGUCACAUAAAUCUAUUUACAAGCUGUCAGAGAGCACAGGGCCUAAGACUCAAAGAGACACAAUCAUAGUGCAAGACACUACAGGGCAGUUAAGAAGCUGUCCUCCUGUGCACGCUCUUGUCCUUAUUAUCCAACAAACCAUUAUAAUCAAGAGUUAGACAGUGACUGUUAGAUGUUACAAAUCAAGUGAAACAUUCAUCCGUAAAUCUAUUGUCUUUGCAUCGCCAAGGUCAGGUCACCUUGGCUAAGCUCUCUCCAGCAAUGCUUUCAAACACCAACAGGAGGACCUCAAAGAGAUCUCUGGCCAGAUAUAUGAGUCAGUGUCUGCCCCUGGAUCUCCUCCUAGUUGGAUGUGUGUGUUGACUUUAAUACAACACAUCAAACUCACAGUCUUUUCUUCACUCAUUGACAUCAGACUACACUUGAUCUGAUCUGCUGCACACGUCAUCCAUGCAGCAAAAUUAUAAUCCCAGUUUGCUCUAAGCCUUUUGUACAUCUCUCUCUCCCCAGAGCAUCCGUUCAUCUUUGGUCGACCUCUAAUUGAGACUCUUGAAGUUCUUUCACCUGCUGCCUGCUGCCGCUACCACCUCCUGUAUGUCUCUUGUGUCUCUCCUCACUCAUAAUUCAUUUGCAUGUUUGUGUGACAGGUCGCUGGUCGAAGAUUGCCGCUGAGAUUCCUCAUCGUCAUGACGCUCAAUGUUUGAGAGAGUGGAGGAAACUGAGCGCAAGUCUUCAAAGGAUGGUAAACCCAACAAAGAAAACAGUCACAUUUUUAAUGCUGGUUAGGCAUCUGGAUCUCAGGUGGUAAAGGUUUCUGUGUGAACAGAUAUCUUUCCCUGAGAGAAAUGACAUUUUCCACAUAAUCUUCCCGAUUGACUGACUCCAGCUCUCUUUGUCUCUAGGGACAGAGCAGACCCAAAAAUAGACAACAAACAAACAGAAGCAAAAAACCGUCGGGCGAGGUAGUAAAGAGAACCAGAAGUAAACCGAUAAAAGUGAAGGAGGAGAGCACUGAUGAGGAGGAGGAGGAGAAAGAAGAGGAGGACACAGUUGUCUACAUGGAUAGUGAUGAAGAGGAGAGGAAGGCGGAAAAGAAGAAGGAAAUUGAGGAGUGGAAAAAGGUACAGAAAGUGGAGAAGAAAGAGGAAGAAAAGGAGGAGGAGGAGGAGUACCCCUGCCUCCCUAUGAAAGAGUGGAUCCCAGCAGAAAGAGUGUCUCCCACCGUCAUGGUGUUUCAACCCGUCGAGUUACCUCCUGCUGGAGACCAAAACAACGUUAAAUGCCGAUUGACCAUUCUCGGCUCAUAUGGGCGCUCGGUUAUUAUUGGGCCGCGUCCCAAACUUCAGCCGUGCAAGAAUCGCCACAGCAGUCGCACCAUGAUGAUGGUGUCAGCAGACCAGCUCAGGAUCUACCUGUCCCACCAGGCAAACAAAGACAGUAUACCAGGGUCAGGCCCUCCAGAAAAGCCUGAGCCUGGAGAAAAGAUCCGCCGAAGCCGAGUGACAGAUCAAGCGAUAAGUUACCAGCUGCAGGCUCAAGUGAUUCCCUGGAUUGGAAACAUACUGAUCCCUGCAAAAACCAGAGAGACAGCAGCUGAUACCCUAAGGGAGCGAGGAGAGAGGAGGCAGCUUACAUCAACUUCAGUCUUCCUGCUCUUCCUCCAGACUAUGAAUGUGGACAUUUUGGGCUGUAAGGAGGUGAUAGAGCGGAGGAGGAACAGGGUGAUGCAGUCACCGCCGUCCCCGGACCCUCCCCCGGACAAAAAACAAAAAAACACCAAGCUAAAGAAGUCAGCUGUAGGAGCACUUCAGAAGACACAGGAGUUAGAUCUGCUGCAAAAGCUGAUCCUGGAGCAGUUUCACACGUUGCAGCAACAAAAACAGAAACAGAGGAUGCAGUUACAGUCAGUCUAUGUGGUGCAGCAGGCUCCAUCACCAAAUAAACCUGGUGUUCUUUUGAAGAUGCCUCCUCACAUGCAUCCUCAGAUGUUGUUUCCUCAGCCGGUCUUCAUUCCACAACCUGUCACACAGCCCACUCAGUUCAUGUCCCCCUUUUCCCCAACCAAACCUACCAUAGCUCCUCACAGAUCUCCCCCAGCCCCUCAGAGAGUAAACGUUGCCCCUCUUCCUGUGGUAACAAUGCCUGUGAAUGCAACAUCUCCCCCCUUUGCCCCUCCCUGCCAACCUGGACUCUUGCCCCCUUCUCCUGACACAAAAGUCUCUACUAGUCUGAACUCCAGCUCCCCUGUGUCUGACCCCAACCAGCCUUGCCUUACCGCAAGUUCACUGAGCUCCAACCUGACCUCAAAGACUGUGAAGAUUCAAGAGGCAGUUAUCAGCAGUCCGAAUGGGGUGGAUAUCAACAAGGAAGGUGAUGGUUCAGGUGGUAAAUGUACAGCUGAUGAUGUUGAGGGCGACAGUUCAAUCAAAAGCAGGAGGAGGAUUAGAAAACCGAGUCAGAAAGCAAAGGAUGUUCUCGAAAUCAAAAAGGAGAAGGUAAGAACUCUUUUCUUAAGAGGAGUCACUUUUGAGUCCUUUCACCCUUUGGGAAGGGGGCUGACUCGAGCUUUCUAGAGCAUGACCUCCUAAAGGUCAUCUUUAAUCCCUCAAAAACCUGUUUAUAUUGUAGCUGAAGAAUCUGAAGAUAAUAUGCAAGAGUGUUCUGUUGCAACGGGCCUCGGUUGCACGCAGAAAGGCGGUCCAUCGGAGUAGUAACUCAUUGACUGUGAUCAGUUCCGGUUCAUAAGUAACUUUUUAUUUUGUCUCCGGCUAUUUAUCCUUUUCAGUGCUAAAAGGGGACAAAUAACAGACGAUCAAAAGAGUUAGUGAAACUUCAAGUCAAGACCAUAAAGUACAUUUCAUUGUAUUAUAAAAUUGUCUAACAUUGGACUUAAAAUCUAAAAGUGCAAAUUAAUAGAUUUUUUUAAGCAUGCUCUUAAAAAUAUGCUGAAUUUAAAAGAAUAAUUGUUAGACAGCCUUGCUCCAAACCAACCCUAAAAUCCACAGGGAUUAAAACGGAGUCACGAUAAGGGAGAUGUGCUCAUGUUUUACGACCAGCCAAAGUUCGUCUUUGUCUUGCCUCUUUGCAUUAAAAACGUGUUUGUUGAUGUUAUUGUCUGAUUUUUAUUUAAUUUUGUCUUUUUUAGGCCGGAGCCAAGAAAAAACCUGCUCCUUCCCCAAAGCAGCGACCCAAAACCAAAGACACUAGCGGCUCUCCUCAGGGGGUCUGUACUAUCCCCGUUGAGGUUGUCCCUAAGACUCCUCCUUCCUUGCUGACCAUCCCCAUCACAGCUCAAAGACCUCCUCUCUCAGUAGUCAUCUAUUCACCUCCAACAAAAACACGAAUGGCCCCUCUUGUCCUUGCGGAGAAAAUCCAACUAGCUUGCUCUGAUGGGAGGGUGUCCUCCACUGGAAACGUCUGUGUAGUUCCACCUCCUCCCACACUGACCGGUCAGCAAACUGCCUCUUCAACUACUCUGCCCUUGAUUGACCACGGCUACAGCUUGUCAUGUCCCGAUCCCAGCUCAAAGUCAAAGACAAGAGGCCGCUCCUCAAAACAGCCGACACAAAAAGCCCCUAAAUCUGGCCCCGCCCCCAAAAGAGCUUCCAAAGCCCCGCCCAAAAAGAGGAAAAGGGUGAGUGAGGAGGAUAAACAGAGCGUCACAAGCAGUCAGGAUGAGCAGUGUGUGAGCAGGAUGGGGGAUGAGGAGAGGGUGAAGAGUGACUCUGUGACCGUGGAAGGGGGCGCUGUGAACAGUUUAGGAGAGGCAAAAGAAGACACUGUGGGCGUGAAAGAUGAAGGUGUGCCUCAGGAUGGAAAGAGGCUCAGGAAGCCGAGUCAGAGGGUCAGAGAAUCCAGAAAGGUUGAGGUAGGAUCUCUGUCUAUUCUCUCCUAUUUUAUAACUCUAGAAACCUUGAAACCUAAAAGUAACGACUGGAAUCUAAUGACUAAAACGACACAGAGUAAAAAAAAAAAAGACGAAAAUGAGAGUAAAACUAAAAAUCCUUUUCCUCUAAAGACUGAGAACCAGUUUGAAAUAUAGCUGCAAAAAUGAACACUGUUAACUUCAACGUUAUACCUCUGUCUGUCUUUUCUGAUCACUCUCUCCUGUGAUUGUUUUCAGGCUGAAGUGAAGAAGUCGACUUCUCCUCGUAAGAAGAGACGCUGUACUCCUCGCCAGAAAAAGGACGCACUCACACAGAAGCAGUCAGUGACUCCUGUGCCAGAGAUGUUGGUCCACCCUGGUCAGUCCAUGCUGGUCAUGUCUCCCAAUAGGAUGACCUGUCUUCAAGGCAUGAAAGUGGCAAUUGCACCAGGGACUCUACAAAGGAAGACCUCAAAAUCCAAGCCGGUCGUGUCUCUGCGCCGACUUGCACCUCGCCCCACCUUUGUGGGACAAGGGGGUUCCAUAAGCCCCACCAGGCACCCCCCAACCUUCAUCCUUCAACCUGUCCCAAAUCCUGACUCCUCCUCUCUACCCCUUCACCCUCCCUCUAAACAGGUCCCUCCAACAGAGAGAGCAGCACCACCUCCCCUCAGAAACGAAACCCUACAGUUUGACCCCGCCCUGAUGUUCCUGGAGUCCCGGGUGGAGGUGCAGGACUGGCUCAGCGGUAAAGGAGGGGUGGUUGUACCUGGAGCAGGAGUGACUCUCCCCUACCUCCCUCCUUUUGUGAGCAGUUUGACCACGCUGAGCGGUUUACUCAGUGCUAAGAAGUCUCUGAUCAAGCUGUCUAUGCAGCUUUUGGGUGAAGCAUCUGAAACCCAACCAAAACCGUCCCAGAACACAUCCAAACCUGACAGCAGCAGCAGCGAUGGGACAUCCAGUCAGCCUUCAGAUCUGCCAGACUCUACCUCUGAUCUCCAACCAGCGACUAAAAACCCAGGUAACACACCUGCAAACCCAACAGAUACUCUUUCUGUUCAUAGCAGUCAACUGAGAGGAUUGUUGGUUUCAUGCCACAGGAAUUUAAUGUACUUCUUGAACCCAAUAAACCUACGCCACAUUUUUAUAAAACUUGGACAUAGAAUAAAGAGCCAUGCAUCCGUAGCUGCAAUGUAGGAAACACAAUUAUACUCUCCACCUUUUCAAAGCUUGUUUUCAGUGAUCUAGACCACAUAGGGAUGGGAAUUGAGAACCGGCUCUUGUUGAGAACCAGUUUCAAAUGGUUCAAUCCAUCGACAUCAUUUACAUUUUAUCUUAAGGUUUCUCUUAAUGAUUCCUUUCCUCCAGGUACCUUCAAAAAGGGUCUCACGAGUGCCGGUCUAUGCGAACGAGAACAGAGACAGGGAAAAAAACAUGGCGGACGAAAAGUAGGCAGAAACGAGCUAAUGCAUGGCUUCAUUUUACUAAGAGAGAUGACAACAGUGCAACGUUUGUCGAGCUGUGAUAACAUGCAAAGGUGGAACCACUAGAAACAAGCUUAAACACCUGUGAACAGGGCACAGCAUCAAAUAUAAGGAGUCACAUGUAUUUUAUGCUCGCCACUCUAUCAGAGUUGAUACCGACCGAAGUAAAUGCUGUACAAAUGGUUUGUCAUUUGAUUAUUUUUAGACUCUCAUUAAAGGUGGCACACAUCUUUUUCUGUUAUCAGAGACUCAAUAAAAUUUUGAGUUAAGGUGAAAACCUAUAGUCUACACUUUUUUUCUAAUCAAAGAAAGGCAUUGAUAAGGGAAUCGUUAAAGAAUUGACUCGAUUAGCAGUAUCGAUAAUGGCAUCGAUAUCGAUAAAAUCCUAUCAAUUCCCAUCCCUAAGACUACAUAACUUUUACUAAUCUACCUGAUAAUGUUUUCAAAUACAGUUUUGAAGCAGCAUAAGGCAGCAGCACGACCAGUGUAUUCUAACAUCUUUAACAGGCAUGCAGUUGAGUGGGAGAAAUGUGUCUAACUAUGAGAUGCACAAGACCCCAACAGCCCACAAACACCCUAUAGAUAGCAGCCACCAUUAGUAGGAUCAAUUUAUUAUUAGAGUGGCACAGUGGUGUAGUGGUUAGCACUGUCACCUCUCAACAAGAAGGUCCUGGGUUUGAAUCCUAGUCAGGGCGUUUCUGUGUAGAGUUUGCAUGUUCCCCCUGUGUCUGCGUGGGUUGACUCUGGGUACUCCGGUUACCUCCCACAUCCCAAAACCAUGGAGAAGUGGGGUUAGGUUGAUUGGUCACUUUAAAGUUGCCCGUAGGUGUGAAUGUGAGUGUGGAUGGUUGUUUGUCUCUAUAUCUCAGCCAAGUGAUGACCUGGUGACUUUCCAGGGUGUCCCCUGCCUUCGCCCCAAGAUGUUGGAAUAGGCUCCAGCCCUCUGUGACCCCCAACGGGAAAAGUGAUAGAAACUGGAUGAAUGAAUUUUAUUAUGAUAGAAACCUGGAAAUGGUGAAAGCAUGACUGUAAAUGACUGUUAAUCCUAGAUAUGUGCUGCCCAGCUGCAAGUAUUUUGUUGCAGUUGCCCUUCCUCUACUUUACAAGUGAACAUGCAAAAUGAUCGCUAGAGGACUGAAAGAUGUUUCUUGUUAUAUUCAUACAUUGGAACUGGCCCAACUUGUCUUAUAGUUGAAUUUACCAGGAGGGUUACAGUUCUCCAUUAAGAGUCCAGCUGUGAUCUUAGGUGUGUUUGUUUUGUCCCCCAGGUACUCCCUUUGUCAGCUCUGAACCCCAGGAGAGGAAAGAGGAGGAGGAGGAGGAGGAGAAGCUUGUUGCUGCGGUGCGUCAGCUGGUAGCUGAGCGUUUCUCAGAAAAUGCAGGGUAUCAGCUACUGAAGGCUCGCUUCCUGUCCUGCUUCACUGUACCUGCUCUCAUGGCCAGCAUGGAGCCAAUCACAGUAAAGACUGUUGCCCCCCAAUCUAAUGAGGAGGAGGAGGGAGAGGAGGAGGAACAGGAAGAGGAGGAGGAGAAGGAGAAGGAGAAGGAGAAGGGAAAAGAUGCAGAGGAGGAGCUACAGAAAACCAAAGGAAGGGGAAGACGAUGCAGAGCAAAGGUGGGUUUGACUAUUUCAGGUGUUCAGGUUAGGGCAGUGACAGUUUGUUUGUAUAUCAGAUGCAGUAGGGUUAUAUUUAAACCUGCGUAGAGUCAUAUGAUGCAGAUUAACUGCUUAUUUUUACAAGUAGAUUAAAUCUAUACCUCAUCAGUUUUGUUUUGUUUGUUUUCUUUUGUUUCCAGAGGUCUUUGUUGAAGUGUGAUGGGCCAGGAGCUCCAGCCAAUCACUUUUCAGGAAUGAAUUCACUCACACACACACACCCAACUGGAGGAGACAAGACCGCAACUGUCCAGUGAAAAGUGUCCAGUGAUAAGUUUCAAACAUGCAGUUUAUUUUUACAGCUACUCUCCUGUGACCCAGAAAAGCGUAAGAAUAUAGAAACCUGGUCAAAAAAGUUUUACUCACUGCACAGCAACAAUAGUCACUUUACAAAUCUAAAGAAACACAGCUGUGAAAGCCUGUUCUCUUGCAAGUUGACUUUGAGAUCUCAGAGUGUCAGGCCAUGCGUUUGAAGACCUCUGAAGCUGCACUUUAAAGAGUUGGCUCAGUCUGAGUCUGAGCUAGAAGUUCUAAUAACAGUGGCUCAUUCUCACCUUAACAAUACAUCUCUGUUGGAAAUUAAAGCAAGUUUACUGGCUGCAGAAAUUAAACUAGAAAUUAAGAAUUAAGCUUUCUUAAGAAAGGAAAUGAAUUAAUCAUGUUUCCAAUUUUGAGAAAAUGGCUAGCAGGGAUAUGAAUAUUAGUCUGUCUUUAACAGAGUUCAAGAAUUAGUUUCGAGAUCUGCGGUGUGCUCAGGUGCCUGAGAACUAGGUUUAAGUCAUGACUUUGCACUAAGUUUUACUGCGUUAGCAUUUGUUUCCCAUGAUUUUUUUUUACUCUGACAGUUCCUGUAUACAUUUAUAUAUGUUUAAAUAAAAAGAACAGAUUCUAAUGCAAUAAAGCUAAAAACGUUUGUAAAGUUAA